UUUCAUUUUGUUUUCUGUGUUCUCUCGGACUAAAAGUCUCUGUUCAGACAAGAAAAUAAAAGAACCGGCAGCGGUUUUCUGAACUUUUUUUUUUUUUAUUAUCUUGAGUAACAGUUUUUUUAUAUAAAUAUUUUAGAUUUUUUUUGGAAAAGAAAAUUAUGUUGGUUGGACAGAAAAAAAAAGUUUCGAAGUACUUUGCUACAGGGAAAUGUGAACAGGUCUGAGAAGAAUAGUGUCAGUGAAGAGUUUGUUCUGGUGCGGUGCUUAGAAGUUACAGGUGACCGGCUUGGAGUCUGCUAAGUAUAAUUUAAUAUUUGCAUGGAGACAAAUUCAGGUGUUACAGUGAUAGGAGCAGAAGCUCCAUCAGCUUAUCAAAUGGCACCUAGGACCGAAAAUGUUAGCCAGAUUGGUGUCGGCUCAACAACAGAGGAUGUUUCACCAGUUAGUGUAGGGUUAACUGGUAGUAUAGAAAAGAAAAAGAGAGGUAGGCCUAGGAAAUAUGGACCAGAUGGGACAAUGGCGAGGGCAUUGUCACCAAUGCCUAUUUCCUCAUCCGUCCCGCCCAGCGGAGGUGAGUUCUCAAGUGGUGGCGGAAAGCGUGGGAGAGGACGAGGUAGUGGGUACCAGAUUAAACAUCAGAAGGGAAUGGACUUGGAGAAUUUAGGUGAAUGGGCUGCUACUUCUGUCGGGUCAAGUUUUACGCCUCAUGUUAUCACGGUCAAUGCCGGUGAGGAUGUGACAAUGAAGGUGAUAUCAUUUUCUCAACAAGGACCAAGAGCUAUUUGCAUCCUAUCUGCCAAUGGAGUAAUUUCAAAUGUUACACUUCGUCAACCCGAUUCUUCUGGGGGCACUCUUACGUACGAGGGUCGCUUUGAGAUACUUUCCUUGUCUGGAUCCUUCAUGCCUACAGAAACUCAAGGAACGAGAAGUCGAUCUGGUGGGAUGAGUGUAUCUUUGGCAAGUGCUGAUGGCCGUGUUGUAGGAGGAGGAGUUGCUGGGCUUCUUAUAGCUGCCAGCCCUGUACAAGUUGUUGUCGGCAGCUUUUUACCUGGCAACCAGCAUGAUCAAAAACCCAAAAAGCAGAAGAUCGAGUCCAUACCAGCUACUGUUGCACCAAACCCGAGUAUUGUCGCUGCACCAGCUUCAAAUGCUGAGAAAGAGGAUGGCAUAGAUGUUGUUUCGCCGCAACAAAAUUCGAAUGCCCUGAAACCAAGCCUCACCGGUGCUACCUUCCGGAGAGAAAAUUGGGCGGCCACCAUGCAGGAGCCAAGGAAUUCAGCAACGGAUAUCAACAUUUCGUUGCCAGCAGGUUAAUCUUAUAAAAUCAGACUCGGAGGCUGACUAGACUAAAAUCCCUGAUGUUUUUCGUUCAUCAAAGAGUACGGAGUGUUAUGUGUUGUUGAAUAUUACUGUAGGAUGAUGAGGUAGGAUUAAUAUCCAGCUAGGUUUUAAUGUCUCAGGCAAAGACAAUCUUUUCUUCUUUUUUUAGCCUGAUUGAUGAGAGUUGCCCUAGAUUUUAAAAGAUCUCCCGAUUAUGUAGUAGUGACAUUUUUAUCAGUUCUAUUCAUAUGGUUUCAUUUAUCAUUCAA